AUGGUUCUUUAUAUGUUGUCAUUCUUCCACCUACCGAAAGGGGUUCUCCAGCGACUAGAUUACUUUAGAUCCAGAUUUUUUUGGCAGUGCGAUAAUGAAUCCAAUAAAUAUAGACUGGCUAGGUGGAGCGUAUUAUGCAGACCUAAAAGUCAAGGGGGGCUGGGAAUUCAAGACCUUGAGAUAAAAAAUAUUGCUCUUCUCAGCAAGUGGGUUUACAAACUACUCUCUGAGAAUGGGGUAUGGCAAGAGAUCAUUCGCAACAAGUAUGUGGGAUCAAAUGCCAUUUCUCAAGUUCAUUGGAAACCCGGGGAUUCGCACUUUUGGAGUGGCCUGAUGAAGGCCAAGGAAUUAUUUUUCCAAUUUGGGACCUUCUCGGUUAGGGAUGGUUCUCAGGUUCGAUUCUGGGAAGACACCUGGCUAGGGAAUACCACUAAUGGUGCAAUAUCCGAGCUUGUACAUGAUUGUCAGACAUAA